AUGUCUUCUGAUCCUAGUUCGUCUUUACAGUCUCAAAAUUCCUCCGAUAAUUCAAAUGCAACCUUACCUGCUAAAAAAACUGUUCGUAAAAUAAAAAAGAGACGUGCUACUAAUGUAGCCCGUAAUAGUUUUGUUCAUCAUUUUUAUGAAGAGGAUUUGGAUUUACGAACUGCUCAAU